AUGUUCUGGGGUCGCCAGGAGAAGCUGUCCGAUGUCUGGCUUCAGCUUACGGCUCGCUGUCUCCGAAGUUUCGACCGAUCCCACUCCCGUCAUGCAUCCCCUCGUCCAGCCCCCGGGUGGCGCCCGUUCGCCUUGCGCCCGACCUAUCUCUCCAUACUCGGUCUUCUCAUGCUGACCAUGGUGGUGGUACUUGAGGCACUGCGUCGAUAUACCGAUCGCUAUGGUGGCCUCGUCUUCUACCAGGAUACUACGAACCUUUCCAGCGCCGCCACAUUCGCCUACAACUACGUCCCCGUUAUCGUUGCCCUGAUACUCGUCACAUUCUGGUCCUUCAUCGAUUUUGACGUUCUGCGGCUUGAGCCGUAUUUCCAACUUUCUCGCCCAGAGGGUACUCCAGCCACGACAUUAUUCAUCAAUUACAACUUCGGUCAAUCGUUUCUGACCCCACUAACGUCGGCCAAGAGGGGUCAUUGGGUUGUGUUGCUCGUAUCACUUCUCACAGUGUUGAUGCGGAUCUUCCUACCCGCUCUGCAAAGUGCGGUGUUUGAGUUGAGAGAAAUAAGCGUUUUGAGCGAUGAAACCAUGCGAACCUGGCCGGUUCUUGUAGAUCUCGCCAGCCAGGCUCAGUGGAUUACUGCACAGGAAAAGAACAAUUUGGAUUUUUCGGCUCUCGCGUCGGGUGACAGUUCCUUUCCGAAGACUCGCUCUUCCAAGUACGCCGUGGCUCCCGUUGAGAUUCCCACGGAUGACUUCCGCGAGAGCACGGUGUGGACAUUGAACCAAACGAUAUACUGGUCCGAACUUUCUUGCCAGGAUGUCAUGGUGAAUAACAACUUAGAAGUUACCGCUAACGGGACGACGGACGGGCUGCCAAUCAUCUCAUGGAACGUCACGGGGGUCCCGCUUCAGCAGCCCGGCCAGGGUCAACAGUGUACACUGGAUUUUCAAUACAGCAACAUAUUCUUCCCUUCCAGUGAUUAUGUCCAGAUUCGCUACUGGGAGCCAGUCUGGACGGAUAACGCCUUCCAGUCAUUCACCACCAACGGUUGCAAACCGUUUGAUCUCUACGGCAUCCUCAUUACCGUCAACGCUACGCGCGCCGCGGACCACGACACAGAUGACAUGUCCCUAUCUGGAGUCACAUUCGCAUCCUCAGCAACGCUUUUUGCCUGCAGUAUCGGCUAUCGCAAGGCCGACGCAAAGCUCAGGCUUCAUGCUAACAGUUCCAUCACCUCGGUGGACAUACACCCCGGCACUACCACCAACUUAACCGACGAUCAGUUCAACAUUGACGAGUUUCAGGGCUUCUUGGCCCAUAGAGCCCCUUAUACCAGCGACAUGCUGUUCUUUCGGAUCAACCAAACUAGCGGCCAACGGGAAGUGACGGAGCUGCCCGUUAUUAGUCAAGAAAUAGGUGAUUUGGAGCCCGUCAUAGUCCUGGAGUCAUCAGAUGUCAUGACGAAACAAGAGUUCGAGCACAAGGUUACGCGGGGUGUUAGACAGACGUUUUUGCUUACCAUGGGCCGACUCUUUAAUCUGGACGAAGCGCCGGCCGUUGUACCGGCGACACGGCUCACCCGGCAAGUCACACUCGCAGUCGUCGAUUUCGCAGCUUUAUGUUCCGAGGUCAUUCUUGGCCUGGGCGUCAUCAUCACUUUAGGGCUGUUACACGUGUACAAAACCCGGGAAAACGUCCUUCAAAGCGACCCGUGCUCCGUUGCGGCCAUGUGUAGCAUCGUUACUGACCUGUUCGAACCGUCCAACAUCCUGGCCGAUCCUCGCUUUGAGUUUCAUCAGUAUUCCACGCGACAACUCCGGCGACUUCUUCGGAAUUGUUGGUUGCGCUGGGAACCUGGCCCGGGCCCGAAUGGGAGACGCCUCGCCAUCGUCACCUCGGACGGCUCUCCGAUCCAGUUGGACGAGCAGAUGCGCAAGCGCUGUGAUCCUAUGCCGCACUUUCUCGUGAUUCCCUUUUUCAUUAUUGAAUUCCUCUUACUCGCCGCGGUGAUCACAGCUAUGAGUUUGGUCGUUGCUUCACUGACCCGGGAUGGAAAGUUCCGACAUCUUACACAAUCCGAUUCGAGCUUCUUUCAAGUGGUUCUAUCAGUUUUACCAUCCAUGGUUGCUUCGGCCGUUGGUUCUCUCUGCACAUCCAUCCACCGCAAUGUCAGUAUCCUUGAACCUUGGGUACACCUUCAGCGUGGCAAGGCUACGGCGAAGGCCUCAUUGUCGAUGAACUACUCGUCGCAGACGCCGUUGGCGGUGUUGGUGAAAGCCAUGCGAGACCGGCACGUUUUGUUGUUCUUGAUAUCGGUGGCAUGUGUUGCCAACACGGCUCUGACCGUGGUUGCUGGUGGCAUAUUCACACAAGAAUUGACCAGCUCCUCUCUUCCUACCUCGUCACUUUUUACCAACUACAGCAAUUCUGUUUUUCAGCAAAGUGAUUUUGCGGCUGACUUUACUGAAUACGACAUCAUUCAGACAAGUAUCACCACAGGAGUGUCGAUACUCCCCUGGACGAGUGCCAACCACUCUUUUCUACCCAUCAUGAUCAAGAAUCCGGAUUCUGAUGCACUGUACGGGGCCAACACGCUGGGAAUCGGAGCGGACCUGGCAUGUCAAGAGUUGUCGAUCGCCGAUAAUCUGGUGGUGAAUCCGCAGAAUGGAUCUGCUUAUUGGGAAUAUCAGACGUUUGAUGAUCCCGGUAGGCAGUGUAAAGUCGACAUGACCCUGUUGCAGCAUCCGCAGGAGGACGUUACACUUUCCAUUCACUUUCUGUCUCCUGUGGUUACCGAAGAUGAGGCGUACGAUUGCCAGACAUCCACUGUGGUGGUGCUGGGCCGGUGGAAUUACACGGCCGGCUCGCCCGUAACCGACCGAAACACUAUUGCUCUGCAUUGCGAACCCAGAGUCCAUUUGCAAAACUACUCGAUCACCUUCGAUAGGAAAGGCCAGAUCCAAUGUCUGGACCCCGUUCCCGGUACAGACGUCACGUCUGGGCCCAUGUACGACAAUGCCACCGUCAGCUUGGGACAGUUCAACAAAGUCUUUGCCGCCAUCCCGCAGAGCUAUAUCAGCAAUUCGACUUAUGAUCGUAAGUCAUACAUUACGUCGUACGACUGGGCUGGUUUCCUAGUUGCACGUUUGUACAGGCGUCGAGAUCCGGGUUUUACGUCCCUUAAUCCUCAUGACCUGAUGGACAUGUCCAAAGUCGUCUACCAGUGGGUUUAUAGCACUUACUUUACUAUCUGGAGGGGGAUUUACCUGCAGCCGCUGGAAAAACCGCACGCCGCUCCAAACUCGACGGUGAUCUACAAUACAUGGACCAUGGAACCGUCCAUUCCCUCGCUAGCCAUAGCAUUGAUGGUCAUCGCCCUCGAUACCUUGAUCGUUCUCAUUGUCUUUGGCGCACGUCGAGGCCGCUUCAAGGGACCGCGCGUGCCACGGUCCAUUGGCGCAGUGAUGCCCUGGAUUGCGCACAGCCGCAUGCUCGACGAUUUCCGUGGCACCUAUUUUUGGACCAGCAUCCAGAGACGAAUCCACCUCGACCGACUGAACAAGCGGUAUGGGUUCCGGAUGUUCCUAAAUGCGGAUGGUCAUUGGCGCUAUGCGGUGGACGAGGAACCGCCAGAGGACAAAGCGGCAGGUGGAUUCGAGGAUGGGUUCAAGAUGUCCGGGGCUAUCCAGCUGCGUGAUUUAGGUACGGACACUACUCAUUCAAUCUCUGGAGGGCCUGAGGCGACAAGCCCUGAGGCAACAAGCCCUGAGACAACAAAUCCGACGACCCUGGAGGUCGAUCGGCAGGCUAGCAGCUCAUACAGAGCGGACGGAUCACCGGAAACGAGCGAGAUCGGCCUAUGCCAACCCCGCAAUCGGCAUCAAUUCAACGACGAAUAUACAACCAAUACACCGCACAAAGAUAUCAUGAUCAACAUGGAGACAGAGACACAAAAGAUUAACGUGCUUCUCUACGGUCUCGGAGCCAUCGGCUCCUUCUACGCCUUCAUCCUGCACCGCAGCAACCGCGUCCGCCUAACAGUCGUCGCUCGAUCGAACUACAAAGCUGUCCUCGAGAAUGGCAUCUACAUCGACAGCGCCAACCACGGCCAGCACCGCUUCCAUCCUGAUCUGGUGAUCAAAUCACCUGCUGAAGUAACGCAUCCAUAUCGCUACAUCAUCUGCGCGAACAAGGCCAUCGAUCAAGAUGCCGUAGCGGCGCAAUUGGCGCCUGCCGUGGACGAGCACACCACGUUCGUGAUCAUCCAGAACGGAGUGGGGAAUGAGGAGCCCUUCUGGAGGGCGUUUCCGGCUUGCGCGAUACUUACUUGUGUGACUUGGGUAGGCGCAACGCAGACCUCACCGGGUGUCAUCACGCACAUCAAAUCCGAGGAUCUGCAGAUUGGACUGUUCCCGAAUUCGUCUCUGGAUGGUUCGGUUGAGAACUCCCGUCUGGACGAGUUUACGUCCUUCCUGACGGCUGGGGGAACGAAAUUCCAGGUUGUGGAGAAUAUGCAGCUCCCCCGCUGGGAGAAGGUCGUUUGGAACGCGGCGUGGAAUUCUAUCACGGCGCUGACGAUGGUGGAUACGCGGACUUGGCUGUCUUCGUCUGCGGAUGCGACGCCGUUGACCAGACGCCUGAUGGGGGAGGUGAUUGCUGUUGGGAGGGGGUGUGGGGUCGAUCUUGAUGAGGGGCUGGUGGACCGGUUGAUGGACAAGAUCAAUGCGUUGCCGGGGAUUGGGAGUAGUAUGCAGACGGACUGUCGGAAUGGGAGGCCGAUGGAGAUUGAGGUUAUUCUGGGGGUUCCGUUGCGCAGGGCGAAGGAGUUGGGGAUUAACACGCCGGUUUUGGAGACGUUGACGUGUUUGUUACGCGCGGUUGAUGAGCGGUUUCAUUGA